AUGGCCGACGAUAAGCACAGCAGCGCGGAGCGUGGCGAUGGCGGCAGCGAGCACAGCGAUGCUGGUGGACCUUCGCCUGUGAGGCAGCACCAGCACCGCCCGUCCUCGGCGAGCAGCCACACGGCCGCACACGACCACGACGACGACAACAACCACGACGCCAAAAGGCCAGCCAAGAAGCGCCAGGAUUCAAACGACUCGAACGCGACAGUCGAGACACAGAACUCGGAGGACGGCAACUCGGCCCCGGCGUCCGUCACUGCCGAGGAGGAGGAAGAGGAGAACGAGGACUGUGUCUACAACCAGGGCGACGACGACGACGACGACGAUGACGACGGCGAAGACUCUGACAAGUCGCUGCGCCGGAGGAAGAAGUACUGCCGCUUGCCGCUGAUCAAGCGGCCCGCCAAAGGAGACGACGGGCAGUGGCUGCACAACAGCGACAAGUCGACCAAGUACCUCGGGCUACUGUACAAUUUGGCUGUCGGUGCGGCGCUCGCGUCCUUCUCUGGCAGCGGCAUCAAGGCGCCCGGCGAGAUCCCAGACUACCUCGCCUACUUCAUCCUCAUCUCCACCAUGUGGUGCAUGCAGCUGCACUACGCUCUCCGGUUCGAGGCGAACGACGACCUCCAUCGCGUCAUUAAAGCCGGACAUAUCCUGCUGUACGUGUACGUCGGGGCCACGAGCGGCGGGUGGGACCUGAGCGUGCUGGCGAGCGACCGCGGCCCGUCGAUCGAGGAGGAGGUGGCGCACGACGAGGCCGCGCGCUCGUUCAUCUCGGUGGCCAUCACGAUCGCCGUCCACCGCGGGCUCAUGGCGAUCCAGUACUUGAUUGUGGUCAUCAUCGGGCGCAAGGCACGCCGCCGCAUCACCUCACCGGCCAUCACGAGCUGUGUCAUGGCCAUCUCGUGCGGCCUGGGCAUCGCGGCCGCCGCGAUCCCUGCACAUACCCGCGGCCAAGGCAUCGCCAAGAUCGUGCUCCUCUUCCUCGGCACCUUUGUCGAGCUCGUCAACUUUGGCACCCAGAUCGUGUGCCAUGUGCUGUUGCCCAUCUCGGGCAGCGCGCUCGCGUCAGAGUACGGCUCGCUGAGCCUCAUCAUCCUCGGCGCGGGGUUCACCAACCUCGCUACGUCGUUCCAGACUGCGCUUGGCGGGCUCGCCGAGUCGUCGUCGACUUACGCGCUGGUCUUCCUCUGCAUUGGCAUCAUGUACAAUAUCUGGGUGUUCCUCUUCGCGCACUUCGCCAUCGACGACGCGGUCGACUCGAAGGCCAUCUGGGCAUGGGAGGUGGUGCAUAUCCCACUACACUUCGUCAUGCUCCUGCUCCUCUUCGCCCUCGCGAACGUUGUCGUGACAAACUCGUUCAUCCACGGCCUGAAAGAGACCGCCAUCACCCUGCUGAGCGUCUUCCACCGCAUUUUCCAGGAGACGCCCGUCCCGCCCGAGGUGCAGCGCCAACUGACGUACAGCCUCACCAAGCUCGACCUGCAGGAUGAGUUUGAGGUGCAGUACCAGAUGCUCGCGGCGGCCAACGUCACCGACGUCGGGCGCGCGACCGUCCUCACAUACCAGUACUUUGCGCGUGUGCUGCGCGAGGCGUCCCUCUCGUCAGACGUGUCGCUGAGCUCCGCGACCAACGGGCACCUCGACGCCAUCCUCGACCUCAACCCCAUCAACGCGACUGCCUCCGACGACACCGUGCGCGCCAUGGCGCAGGACGCACUCGAGGGCGUGUUCAGCGACGCGCUGCGUAGCGUCCUCUGGCUCUUCCCUGCCGCUGGGCUCGUGCUCAUCUUCUGCGCCAUCCGCAGCAUGCUGCGGUACCGUUUCGCGGGGAUCGCAGAGGUGCUCCUCCACUGGGCCCUCUUUGUGGUCGGUAUCGCCGUUGCGCUGCUAGGACUCCUCGACCUCGGGUCCAAAAGCGUCACGCUGCUCGCCGACGGCGACACGCUCAAGCCAGUGUACCAUAAUGCGCUGUACCGCCUCGUCGACGUCCACUGCGCGUUGGUUGUCAUCUUUGUCGUGUACUCUAUCCUCACUCUCAUGACGCCGGUCAUCAUGUACUUUGUCGCCCGCUACAAGCGCAAGGAGGAGGACGACGACGACGUCUCCCAGCGCAAGGAUGGGAGGGAGUGUAUCGGGCCCGACGGGGUAGGGUGCGAGAAGCCACAGGAGCAGAGGACGGAGAAGCGCAAGAACCAGUAG